GGAUAGAGGAUCCGGAAUACAUUAGUAACCUCCUAAACAUGCCUGUUGAAGGAAAGCCGGGUACAGCUCCAGAAGGUCUAGCAACCAACAUUAAUAUGGAGUACUCACCCCAAGCCCCAGGAACAGCCCCUGCGGCAGGAUACCCUUCACAGAUCAUGGCUCCACCAUACUCAGCAAAUGCAGAAGGACCCUACAUGCAUCAGCCAGAAGGCUGGAAUCCCGCAGUAUUUCCCCCACCACCUCCAUACAGUGACACAGGAUACCAACAACAACCAAUUUUUGCGCCUCAAGUCAUUUUCAAGACGGACUUGGCAGAUAACCCAGGACUGGCUGUGUGCCCUGCCUGCAACCAGCCAUGUACAACAACCAUCAAAUACAAGUCCGGCUGCUUAACCACCCUCUUAUGCUGCCUUUUGUUCUUCUUUGGAUGUGUGUUGGGCUGCUUCUUAAUACCUUGCUGUGUCAAGAGUUGCAAAGACGUGGACCAUUACUGCCCCAACUGUCAACAUCUCAUCUACAAGUACAAGCGUCUAUAGGCAAUGCAAACAAUUGCGCUUGCUCAUUAAGGGAACCAAAAUUCCUUUCAAUAAACCCACACUGCUUGAUAUUAUUGCCUUAAACUGUGAGAUUAAAAUAUGUCAUAUUAAAUGGAAGACUGCUUUAGGGCUCAUGCACACAAACGUACAGUAUUUUUGUCCGUGUCCAUUCCAAUUUUUUGAUGGCCCAUAUGCAGAAUUCAUAUCAAUGGGGCUGCAAAAAAAACACGAAAAUGACUCAGUGUGCAUUCCGUCUCCGUAUGUCCAUUUUGCAAGAAAAUAGAACAUGUCCUAUUAUUGUCCGCAUUACAGACAAGGAUAGGAUUGUUCUACUAGGAUUGAACACGGCCGGUAUUUGAGUUUUGCGGAUCCUCAAUUUGCGGACCACAAAACAACAACGGUCGUGUGCAUGAGCCCUAAAGUUCAGGGAGUUAUAAGAGGCCCUAAUAACUGCUGGGGUGAGUAAAGGCAAAGACGCAUUUCCUAUCACAUUGGAAAAGCGAGCCGCAGUAAUUUUGCAGAACAGCAGCCGGUGUCCGCCCUGGGAUACAACCAUUUUCGUGCCUUACAUGCAA